AUGAGAGUUCUGCAGAACUUGGCGCAGAUCUUCCGCAAGCACCUCGACGCCUUCACGAAGAAGCUCAUUAUUGAGCUGCUCCUCAAGUGCCCGCUCGCGGACGCGCUCAAGUCCACGAACAAGGACGUGCAGUCGUUGGUCAACAUGCAGAACAAGCUCAACAACAUGGGCACCACCAAUCUGAUUCUCCACUUGGUAUCGUCGCCGCAACAUGAAUACCACCAGGCGCUGCAACUGGGUAUCGCCAUUCUGCACGGCGGCAACGAAAAGGUGCAGGCGCAAUUCCACUUCCGGCUGCUCGAGCGGAAGCGGGCACAGGAGCACCAGAGGACCGGAGCCAACGCCGUCCUCUUCAGGAACGACAAGUUCGGGACCGGUAUCGACAACGAGCUGACCGAGGGCUCCUACAGAAGUACCUGA